ACCCUCUCUCUCGCAUCUCAGCUGGCUACGUUAGAUUCACCGUCCGAAGGUAUCUCAGGAUGGCGUCGGAAGGCAAGGAGAACGUCCUCGUCGGCGUUAUUGGAGGGAGCGGGCUGUAUCACUUGGAUAACCUUACUUUCGUAAAACACGUCAACCCCGAAACACCCUGGGGCCUCCCCUCCUCGCCCAUCACCAUCUGCGCGCUCCCCUCGGGCACGCUCGUCGCCUUCCUCGCGCGGCACGGCCCGGGGCACACCCUCUCCCCCUCCGCGGUCCCCGCGCGCGCGAACAUCGCCGCGCUCAAAUCCCUCGGCGUGCGCGCCGUGCUCGCCUUCUCCGCCGUCGGCUCCCUGCGCGAGGAGAUCCCCCCGGGCGACUUUGCGCUGCCCACGCAGAUCAUCGACCGCACGAAGGGCGUCCGGCCCAGUUCGUUCUUCGAGGGCACGAGCGUCGUCGCGCACGCGGCGUUCGGGGACCCGUUCAGCGUGCGGCUGGUGGGGUGGCUGGAGGGCCGCGUGCGGCGCGCGCUGGAGGCAGCGGGGCGCGGCGUGCGGCUGCACACGGACAAGUGCAUCGUGUGCAUGGAGGGCCCGCAGUUCUCGACGCGCGCGGAGAGCGCGAUGUACAGGACGUGGGGCGGGGACUUGAUCAACAUGAGCGUGCUCCCGGAGGCGAAGCUCGCGCGCGAGGCGGAGCUCGGGUACGCGCUGAUCGCGACGGCGACGGACUACGACUCGUGGCGCCCGCACGAGGGGAGCGUCACGGCGGCGGAGGUGUUCAAGGUCCUCCAGGCGAACGCGGACACCGCGCGCCACGUCGCGGCGACGAUCCUCGACGACCUGCACGCCGCGGCGCUCGAGGGGGAUAUACUCACCGAGGAGAUCGGGUCGAUGAAGUUUAGUAUUAUGCCGCGGAGCGAGAAGCAGAAGGACGAGGAUCGGAAGAAGUUGGCGUAUGUGCUGCCGGAAUAUUUUAGUUGAGUGGGUGCAGUUGCGUGUUAAAAUAAAUGAAUGUAUCUCCUAGAGUAAAUUAUGUUAGAGCCAUCGCAGAAACUGUUACGGAAGGUUGAGUAUCAACGGUCG